UAUACAGAUGUUUGUCUGGAUAAGAAAUAUACCAAGCAAAAGAAAAAUGACAGGUGAAAAUCAACAAAAACAUUUUGUUCUAGUGCAUGGUAUGUGCCAUGGAGCUUGGUGCUGGUACAGGUUACAAUCACUGCUGGAGGCGGAGGGCCACCGCGUCACGGCGAUGGAUCUCGCAGCCUCGGGCAUCAAUCCAAGAAGCAUAGAUGAGAUUCGUACAUUUUCCGACUAUACACAGCCGUUGUUCGAGGUAAUGGAGUCGAUUCCACCAGACGAAAAGGUAGUUCUAGUUGGACAUAGUCUUGGUGGCAUGAACAUUGCUGCUGCAAUGGAGAAAUACCCUCAAAAGAUUUCUGUUGCUGUUUUUAUUGCGGCUUCCAUGCCCGAUACUGUACAUAGGCCAAUUUAUCUUUUUGAAAAGGAGUUUGAAGGGAUCUCGGAUGAUGAUGUUAUGGACAAUAAAAUCAUACCGAUUGGUAGACCUGAAGAUCAUCUUCUAGCUAAUCUCUUUGGCCCCAAGUACAUAUCAUCCAAAGUAUAUCAACUCUGCCCUCCUGAGGAUGUGGUGUUAGCAAAAGCGUUGUUGAGGCCGACCUUAUUUUAUUCGAAAGAUUUUUCAAAGAUGAGCCCAUUUUCCAAUGAAAGGUAUGGAUCUGUAAAGCGUGCUUACAUCAUAACCAGCAAAGAUAAAACCUUAAAAGUAAAGUUCCAACAUUGGCUAAUUAAAAAUGCCGGAGCGACAAUAGUCAAAGAGAUAGAUACUGAUCACAUGGCAAUGAUAUCAAAGCCUCAUACGCUUUGUCAGUAUUUAUUGGAUAUAGCUUGGGAUGGUAAAGGCCCUCGUCCAAGCUCCGCCAAGACAUUUACCGUCAUGUCCCUACCCCAAUCACCACUUAAGGCGGGGUGGAGCAAGGCGGGGAGAGGUGAGGCAAUCUUCCAAUCUAUUUAUUACACCAUUCAUAUAUUAUUUUUAAUUUUAGUUUUAGUUUUAAUUUUAAAGUUAUUUUUAUUUAAGUUCUAGGGUAGUUUAAAUAUUGGGCUUGGUGAUCGGUUUAGUUGGACAAAAGGUAAUUUUGAAUACGUCUCGAUCCCAAUCCCAAUCCCAAUCCCGAUCCCGGUCUCCAUCUCCAUCUCCAUCUCCAAAUUGACAUCCAUAGAUGUAGCAAGCAAUUUAAGUCUUGUCUCAAAAUAAGGGUUUUUGGCCUACAAAGCCCCCAAAUUGUAUGCUUGUUUGUCAUAGGCUCUACCAUCACAAUUGUGUCUUGUAUGUUUUUAUCUUAUUUUGUUUCGUUGGAAUUUUCAGGAAUAAAAAUUCUAGAAAUUUGCCUUCUUUAAAUAAAAAAAUACUGUUUGUUACGAUAUAAAUUACAAAUCCUACUUUCAUAUUGAAAUGAAUGCAACAUUUGAUACUA